AUGGAGGAUAGAACGUAUACCGUAGCAUUGAACAUCGUCCAGGAACCAAACGUCAGAACGUGCUUGACAAUGUUGCAAGUUUAUCUAAGUGAGAUUGAACAAGUGUCUACUCGAAAAUAUGAACUUUAUCGAGUAUUUUGUUUGGUCACCAAACUUCUGGAUCAAUUGAAUGAAAAAAAUAAACAAGUGUUUAAAUUGGCUCUCGAAGAGCUGCAAGUGGUAGCUAACAUCGAAGAAUUCCUACAUUUUGGAAUAGCAUUAGGUCACUUGUUCACUGUCAGAUUUGUCCAUGAAGACUUAAACCGGAAUUGUCAUCUGAUGAGAGUCGGAGAUGGAGAUUCGUUAGUUCACCGAAUGAGUGAUUUAAUCUCUUGGAAGUUGGAGCUUUGUCAUAAAGAAACAUCUAUACGGCCGCUCAUCGUCUACUUCGUAAACGAUGCAAUUUCCAGAGAGUUGGUGCCGAACUACGCCGAUGAUACUGGUUUUACAUACUUCCACGCGGCCUGCUUCUGCGGCCACGUCCCCGCGGUGCGACGAUUUAUUGAAUUUGUUGAUAUCAACAUCAAUACUUUUCGGUUCGGGCCUUUGCACUUGGCUGCACGAAAUAGGCACGCCGACGUCGUGCAACUGCUGUUGGACAGCGGCGCCAAUCCGAAUCAGCUGGACCGGGACUCGGGGUUGACUCCUCUGCACAUUCUGGCGAGAUCUCGGGUCUGCGAUUGUCCACGGCAACUCGUUUUAGUCGAUCACCGGUGUGCCCUGCACAGAUCAGUGGAGCCCAUCGUUGACUUGCUUGUCAAAAGAGGCGCAAGAAUCGAGGACCGAAGUAGAUCCGGAAAGACCGCGCUGCAGCUAGCACUGCUUCAGUGGGAUAUAGAACUGACUAAAGCUCUACUACGACACGGCGCAUGGCUGCCGGGUCUUUUGAAUAAUGGAGCUCUCUUUAAUUUCGCUUACCAAUGCAACUUCGAAGAGCAUAUGACAAGGACAUUUCCCUUUUCAUUUGUCAUAGACCGUAUGAUGAGGGCUAUCACCAGCCACGAAUUCCUCACGAGGAAUAAUGAAAUAGUCAAUCGACAGUAUCACAUGCUUAUGGCCCAGCAGCUCAGGUUUCUGAAAUGCUGGAUAAAGUUUGAUCGCAACACUAGAAUUUUCGAUCAAAUUCGACAAGAAGUGUUUGUUGAAGAACGAGACAGACAAGGUCUAUCGCAAGAAUCACAAAUAUGCCUCGAACAGAGAACAAUCUUCGUGAGGUCAGAUAAGAUGCCGGAAAUUGAAAAUCACGAAGUAUUGGACGUAUCUUACGAAGACGAACUGGAGUCAUUGCGACACACGAUGGCAAUCAGGAAUGUCUCCUACUUCAGAAUUGGUCGUGUAGCUCGCAGUAAAGGUCACGAAUUAAUGUGGAACGGCGAACCACCGGAGCUUCUUGGCUUCCCACUUCUAAGUCUAAUUGUCAACCGUCACAUCGGUAAUAUUUUCAUGAGGCGUCGCAGCGAGUUCUUCAUUGCUGACUAUUUGACUUCGCUCCCUUAUUGGAAUUUACCAUUCAUUCCAACGUUGAGGAUCAUAGAAUUUUUAGAUGAUAAUGCAUUGGGGAAUAUUAUUAUACAGUGGACUUUUUUAGAGGAAUGACCAUCGUUUGACAUUAUAUAUCUAUCAAAUUCACCAAACAGAUGUAUAUUGUUUGGUUAUAUAAAUAUUUUAAAAGUCACCUUUGUUCUUGAUGAAAAAAUGUAUUAUCGAAGCAUGAUACUACGUCAUACAAUUAUGUAAAAAAAUUAAGUGAAUGUGAGCAUGCUAACACGGGCCAAUGUUGAUUCAGUGUUUGCAGUUCGGCUGCCAAUAUUGGCAACCAAUGCUAUAUUGGUAUUUAAAAAAUGUUCAAUUGAUAAGGGAAAACCAACCAAUG